AUGACCCGAGAUGAAGCCUGGGAAAGUAUGUGGGACGAGGAGGCCGAUGAACCGUUGGAAGCUGGUGCCGUUAGGAUACGAAUCCGAGCUCAGUCCACCAACGAGAAUGAGGUGGCGAACCUUGAGAACGCCCCUGCCAACGGUGACGACGAAGCUAACGACGAAGCCUCUGGUAGUAGCGAUGACGGGAAGGACAGUCAGGGCAAGGCCAAGGCAGUGCUGGUGGACGAAAAAUACCUGAAGAAGCGUGAAAAGCAACUGAAGAAGUUACGCGCUAGUCUGCAGCAUGCGUCCGAUGAACGCGACAAGAGCGCCAUCGAUGAGGCGUUGGCCCGUGCUGAGCGCAAGCAGAUGAGUGACGCGCUGCAGGAUGAUAUCCAGCGAGCUCGUGACCACGGGCGAAUGCAUUUGCACACGGUGACCCCAACGAAUUCCCCGUCGAACGUUACCCCCGGUGCAUCGAAGCCUCCGUCACUCGUGAUUAGGCCUAUUGCUUAUGGUCAGGCUUUACAGGCUGCAGAGCAACACCAGCAACAACUUCGUGCUCAUCAAAAGCUACUGGAGGAGAAGGAUGCUGAGAUCGCCCAGCUCAAGAAGCUUUUAGCGCAAAAGGAACAAGCCCCAUCUGACCCCACACCGCAAGAAGACGCACGGAGCGUGGAAGCUCGGGCUCACGCUAAGGCUGCUGCCUUGGCACGUCGUGUAGCGCGGUUGCGAACGCAGUUUCCAGUGCAGAGUGCUGCGGCGCGUCAAGCCGAUGCGUUGAUUGAGUGGAUGGGUCCAAGCGAUGCUGCUGACCGUGUUCGUCAGCAGGUGUUGUCCUUCGUUCAACAGGUGAUAACUGCGCACUUCCCGUUGGCAGCAGCGCCACUGUUCUUCGCUACCGGAUCGUAUCCUAUGAAGACGUAUCUACCUGGUUCGGACCUCGACAUUUGUCUGCUAGUGCCACAGGAGCUGGAGUCUUCGUGGUAUUUCAUCGUCACGCAGGCGUUGUGUAUUGCUGGUGGUAGUGGCGGGGCUGGAACCGUAUUAGAUGUUGGCAACCCAGGCGGUUCUGUGGAUGGAAGUGGAAGCAGCUCGCCCUCUGGGCCAGCAGUUGGAAGCGGCAGUAGUGGUGCAUUGCUGUUGACGAACACGGUGCGCAACGUGACCUUCAUCAAUGCUGACGUUCGGGUGGUCAAGUGUACAGUAGACAACAUCCCUGUGGACUUCACGGCGAAUCGUGUGGGGGCGUUGGGCGCUGUGCGCUUGCUGGACGCUAUGGCGGUUCGCGUUGGACGGCAGCACUUGUUCAAGAAGAGCCUUAUUCUCAUCAAGGCCUGGUGCACGCAUGAGUCUAGCCCAUUCAUGCAGGCGGCGUCGGUGGAGUGUGGUGGACUGGGACCGUCGGUGGUUCCGGGUAGCACACCCACAAGCGUGAUGGGUGCAAGUCAUGGUGCUCUCUCUACGUAUGCGGUGAAUACCAUCGUGAUGGCGCUUUUCAACCAGCAUGGUGACGCACUCACCCAUCCGUUGCAAGCCCUGUACCUCUUCCUGGAUCGGCUGGCCGAGUUCCCCUGGCACGAGGCUGCAUUAACACUACAUGGUGCUGUGCCGCUCAGUCGUUUGGCAACCACGCCGCUGAACGGGACGACACCAUCUAAGUCGAAGCUAAAGGCUGCGAAGCUGGACGCUGGCGACGUUGAGGCUAUUCGCGACACGCUGUCAGACCAGUUUGGAGCAUUCGACGCGGGCCUAAGAAGUGGCAAGAGUGCCCCAACCGGUUUGUUUCCGAUUCGUGCUUGCAACAUUGUGGACCCACUAGAUGACAAGAACAACUUGGCGCGCAGUGUGUCGGCUGAAGGUUUUCCCGUCAUGAAGCGUGCCUUCCGUCUUGCAAGGGACCAGCUCGCGGCGAUGCUUGCUCCCCGAACAUCUCACAGAGAUGACGAUGCGGAGCUGUUGAGCGAGGAGACAGGUAGCGAUGUUGGCAUGGCCUUUUUCUCCAGGUGUUGGCAGCUAUACGGGCGUGGUGACGGCUGGCGGCCAGACUUGCUGAUUCACCCGAGGCAGAUCUGGCAUGGCAAGGCUGCGUCGACGUCUAGCUCGGGUUCAGUGAAGAAGAGCAAGGCUUCGCCUCGACCUCGUGGGGCUUCGUCGUCACCUGUCCAGCAGAAUAGCGACGAGGACGAAGAUCGGCGAUGGGAAUCGUUGCUGCCGAAGCUGGACGCUGGCGGUGUGAACGCGCUGCUACUGCAGCACCAGCAGUUGCAGCAGCAGGCGGCCGCAGCGGCGGCCCCGGAACGCAGCAAGUCGCCGCCGCCGAGGAAUGUCGGGCCUCAAAACGGGAAGACCGCGAUGGGAGGUCGGAGGUUCGACUCGACGUCGCCGCAGCGCUCAUAG